UGCAAGGCAUUGAGUCUGACCCACUUUCCCCGGGGCACGUGUUUACUCGGUCUAUUUUAGACUGUUUUGCAGGCAGGCAAUGGUUUUUGGAGAACACAAUUUGCGAACAGGACUCUGUAGAUUACAGGAACCUUGCUCUAGAUAUGACGAAAUGGUAAUCGAGAGGACCAAGUUCCUACUUCAAAAAACGGUCGGAUUUUCAACGGAAGAGGAAUCCCACCCCUCACUGAUACUGCUGGUUAUGGAUUAAUAUGUCUUUUAUAUAUUAGCUUUUUAUAGCUUCUUGCUUUCAUAUGUAUUUUUGCUUCACCCAAAGACCAUGGAGUUUAAAGCCAAGCACAGUAUGGCACUGCUGGAGCAGCUGCAGAUUAUGCGUGAGAUGGACGAGCUGACAGACGUGGUGCUGGUGGCAGAGGGGGUGCGCUUCCCCUGCCACCGUGUUGUACUGUCUGCCUUUAGUCCUUACUUCAGGGCCAUGUUCACCUGUGGCCUUCGAGAGUGCCACAGCAGGGAGGUGCUGCUGCAGGACGCUACCGCUGAGAGCCUGGGGCUCAUCAUUGACUACAUGUACCUCUCUGAGCUGGCGCUCAGCAAUGGCAACGUGCAGGGCAUCUACCUCACCGCCUUCCUCCUGCAGAUUGAGGAGGUCUCCCAGCUGUGUCAGAGGCACAUGAUAGACAACAUGGACCCAUCCAACUGCCUGGGCCUGUACUUCUACGCACGGGACCUGGGUGCGGAUGAUUUGGCGGGGCAGGCCCAGCGCUACCUGUGCCGAAAUUUCGCCGAGGUCUGCCUGAACCAGGAGAUGCUGGAGCUGGAGUGCGAGCAGCUGGCGGCGCUCAUCGGCUCCGACGAGCUGAACGUGUCGCGCGAGGAGAGCGUGCUGGAGGUGGUGCUGCGCUGGGUGGAGCGGCGGCGGGCGGAGCGGGAGGCGCGGGCCCCUGAGCUGCUGCAGCGCGUGCGGCUGGCCCUGGUGGACCCGGCCUUCCUGCGGCAGGCGCGGCGGAGGAGCACCGCGCUGCUCUGCAACUCCGAGUGCUUCGGCAUGAUCGACGCGGCGCUGCAGUCCUCGCGCGUGGCCCACCCCGCCGCGCGCCCGCCGCGGCUACGCUACGGCAUGGAGACCGCCCGCCUGCUGCUCUGCGUCGGCGGCGACGGACACGCCCGCGGCACCCAGGCUCAGCACCCCGGCUACGGCGCUCACAGCUUCUGCUACGCCCCGUCCACCGGCCGCGCGUACUUCAUCGCCUCCCCCUGCUCUGGAGAGACGCUCGGCUGCGUUUGCGCCGGGGUCGUCACCGAGGACAACGACAUCGUGGUAGCAGGGGAGGUGGGGGACCGCAGGAGGUCCCCGCAGAAGAUUAUGAGCAUCGACUUCUACAGGUAUGAGCAGUCCUCCCCGGGCAGCUGGGUGAAGCUGUGCUCGGCCGCGUACCGGGACAUGUAUGCGCUGGGCGUGCUCGGCGACACCCUGUACCUGCUGGGGGGCCAGAUGAAGCUAGGGAAGCAGUACUGCAUCACCAGCUGUGUGGAGCGCAGGGCCGUGGAGGGCGGGCCCUGGCAAAGCUCCGCCCCCAUUCCCAUCCCUCUGGCCUGCCACUGCGCCGUCAGCGUCAAGACCUGCCUGUACGUGCUGGGAGGCUGGACCCCUCAGUCAGACAGGCCGGAUGACGAGCCCGAAUGCCUGAGCAACCGCCUCUUCCAGUUUGACCCCGGCAGGAGCCGGUGGGCUGAGCGCAGCCGCCUGAGGUUCUCCAGGUACCGCUGCAGCACAGCCGUGCUCAAUGGGGAGAUCUACGUCAUGGGGGGCAUUGGAUGUGAGGGUGAGGAUCACGGCCAGUCUCGGCAUUGCCUGAGCUCUGUGGAGAUUUACAACCCGGGGGAAGACUUCUGGAGGGAGGGUCCAGCGCUGCCUUGGCCCAUGCUCUCGCUUCGCACCAACGCCUCUAACGCUGGUGUGGUGGAGGGGAAGCUCUACGUGUGUGGAUCCUACACGGGAGCAGAUCGGCAUGAGGUCAUCACUAAAGACAUCCUGGAGCUUGACCCCUGGCUAAACCAAUGGACUGUAGUUGCACGACAUGCCCUGAUGCAUGACACCUAUGAUGUCUGCCUGGUUGCCAGUCUAAACCCUCGUGACCUCCUGGCCCCUUCCCCUGAGGUGUGACUUCAUGUCGAGGCAUGCCCUGGCCACCCGCAGAGAGGAGAAGAAAUGAUCUGCUUGAUCAGUACAGCGUCACUAGAUGAAGCUGAGAACAGAGCUGUAUGUCAGGACAGUUUGUAAUAGGAUAUAUCACACCACAUUGCCCUAAAUCAGAGCAGCCCAUCCCUGUUCCUGGAUAUCUACCAUCCUGUAGGUUUUCACUCCCACCCUAACAAAGCACACAUCAUUCAGCAGCUAAAGAUGUUGUUGAGCUGCUACUCAAGUGUGAAAUUAGAGUUGAAAUGAAAACCUACAGUACAAUUCUCCAGGAACAGGGUUGGGCAGCACUGCCCAAAAUGAAAUUAAUACAAGCCUGCCACUCUGUGGAGGCCAGUUAAAUUACAGGGUACCUUGUUCCCAAAAAUUGGAAAGGUUAGCAUUACGUUGCACAAGAAUUUUGGCGAGGGUUUUGGAUUCACUUGCAGUGUUACAAAUAAAAAUGACAAUGUAAAUUUGUGUUACUGUAUGUAACAUUAUGCUAGUGAAGGUCUGGCUUCAUGAAUUCAAAAGAAACCAUGCUUUUUACUGUGGUGCCAUUUGGCAGAUACUGUAACUACAGCAGUGGGGCUGUUGUGAAUGUACCCCUUUGUAGUCAGGAAUAUUAGCAUUGAGGUGUUGCUCUUUGCCUAAGCUUUGAGGGGCAGAACACAUUUUUCCCACCUUCUUGCAUCACUUGGAA